AUGCACCAAUCCGACAUUCGGAUCUGCUGCCUCCGUCAAAAAAUGUUGCCCAAUGGAAAGUGUAAUGAUUACAUACAGGAGGAUCUUGACAAAUACAACUUAAUAUUGGGGAUUUCGCUGAUAGGCUUUGUCCUCACGAUCGCAGUGUAUCUCUAUGUUGAGAAGCUCCGAAAUGUCCUAGGAAAGUGCCUUAUCUGCUGCAUAUUCUGCAGGCUCGUAUUGUUCGCUCUCAUGAUACUGGAUGACUUGAGCUUGUUGAACGACUUCAGCUCAUCAGCAGGUUACAGCGCAUACUUCUUCAAGAUAGCUUCUUAUUUCUGGGACACUGUCAUUAGUUUUCACUUGUGGAAAACGUUAACAUCGCUUGCUACAGAUGAACCUCGUUUUAGGUUCCUAAAAUUCAGUGCCUUUGUAUGGGGAAUCGCUGCGAUCCCGACCGGAGUUAUAUACUAUUUAAAUCGAAUUAAUAGCGGCGAUUUCGAUAAAUGGGUUCAAAUGCACUCCGUUACCUUACAUGAAUGCUAUGUGACAGUCUGGAAGUUUUAUACCUGGACCUUCAAUGGCGCACCAAUACUGAUCCUUGGCUCCUUUAAUGUCACAAUGUUUACACUCACAGUGAUUUACAUUCGGAAAGUGAAGAGUCAACUGAAGAAGUUUACACCGGACGACGAUAGGACGACGGGAUGUUUCAAUUUCAGCAGCCAAAAUUACUUGCUCUUUCUAAGACUCUCCGUCGUUAUGGGGAUUUCUUGGAUCCUGAAUGCUAUUACGUUUGGGCCGCACUACGAUUUAUGGGGGCAGGUCUUUAGGAUUGUCGAUUACAUUCAUGGCUCCAUGGGAGUAAUUAUUUUUGCGCUUCUUAUUCUGAAGCGCAGCACAAUAGAGUUAAUUAAGAAAAGGUGA